AUAUGUCUGUAGAUUUAGCAGUAGCAUCUGAUCCUCAGAACAAAGCAAAGGAUGAUAAUCCCUACGCAGAUUACAUGUGGAUGGGAGAGGAGGAACAAGAAUUUGAACAGGAUGUUUUAGCUCAGCUAGAGGAAGAGGACUAUUUAGAGUACUGUUUCCAGGAUAUGAUGGAAGAGGAAGCUUUAGGUCUGUUCAUUCCCCCACCAACCAUCCUACCCUCAUCAUCGACAUCUACCGGUACAACGACCACUAUGCCCCUCAUUGAGAACCUCACAAUCAACAAUGCCAAUGGUGGAGAGAAUGGUCACCAUGGCAACGGGGAUGUGAUCCUCCAACCUGCCAGUAAUGUUGGUGCUGGAGGUGAUGCUAACUAUGAGUCGGCGUGGCAGAGCUCAGAAGAUGAAGUGUCAGGAGACAAACAUGAUAAUCUAACGGAUUCCGAUUCCUCAGAAGGCUGCCCCCAGAGAUAAAGCAAGGUCUAAGAAGUUCACCAACUCCCAACUGAGACUACGUGCAUUCCUGUCAUUCACAAAAAAAAUGUAAAAUGUCGGUAACCAUAUAUAUGUGUAUAAAGUAUGGAUGUUUAUCUUUUGUUCAAAACCUAUGUUGAAGCAGUGGUAUAUUAUCCUUAUUCCAUGUUGAAAAUUAACUGACAACUGUUCUCACAUAUGCAUUGCUUGGUUUUUUUUUCAUUUCAGACCAAAUUGUUGGCACUGGCAUGGGCCAGAUUAUGUAUUCACUGUAAUAAGGAUGAAACAAAACAGUAUUUUUUUUAAUGGAAAGAGUACUGAUUUUGUAUUCAAGUAUAUUAUAUAUAUAUUUUAAAAAUACUUUUAAUACCAAUGCAUUUGUGAUAUACAUGUACAUGGUUGUUUGAAGCAAAAUUUUAGAGUUGACUUUGAACAUGAAAUUUUUAUCGCCUGACCCUCAUACCAUUCGAGGAUUGUUCAUUGUACAGAAUUUCUGACCUCUAAAAGAGGUACACUAAAGAAAAAAAAUCUAAACUUGAUUAGAUCUUAUAGAUUUAACUAUUCAUAUGAAAAUCUUAAAAUGACAUUACAUUUCAAAUGUUAGAUGAAUAAAAUCAAAUUAUGGAUAGAGGGUUAGAGCGCAGAAUUUCUCAAUUUUCUUGCAUAAUUUAUCUGCCUCUAACGUUACAAUGUCAUCCAGCCAUUAGGCCGCCAUAUUUUAAGUUACCAACUUGUCCUGAGAUGGGGCUAUAGCUCACUGUCAUCAGCAGGGGCGAGGGGUUAGGUUUUAAACAAAUUUUGUGUCCUACAUCAAACAGUCAAACAGGACAAUGUAAAAAUGGAAAAUAUCUUAAUAUCUCAUUCUUAGCAGGGCCUGAACAAUCGUUAAAGUGAAAUUCAAUUUUAUACUUUUACGGUAAGUACUGUCACCUUGAUCAAAAGUGAGAAUAAUUUCAGAAUGAUAUUUUUUUCUAAUUAAUUUGGAUCUACAGUUGUUGCAUUGAACUCUUCUCUGAACAGAAUCAAGAAUGUGUGCUAUGAUACACCGAGGGUUUCAUUUGCGUCAGUGCUUUUGUUCAUUGCGAUAGUUGACCUAAAUAUGUGCCAUAGUAUUUUUCAUGAAAUUGAAGUCAACUCUGCAUGUAAUGAAUAUGUUUUGACCAAAAAAGUUUCUUCAUUUACCACGAUGCUUUCAGUCAAAACAUAUUAUUGGGGUACGUGUACAGUGUACAGUGCAUAUUGUAAAUAUUGGACUUUUCCAGUGUCAAAAGGCAGAAGAAUAAGAUAUAAUUUAUUUUUACUGUAUAUUAUUUUUAUGUGUAGUAGGUUCAUGUUUUGCUGAAAUUUUGUGAACACUUCCGAGUUGAACAACUUCCGAUAAUCUAAGCCUUUAUUUGUGCUUGUGUAGAUGACUGUCUGGUCAUGAUGAGAUGGUCGAGAAUUAAAUGAUUUUUCGACUUAAAAUGGCAGAUAUAGCUUUGUGUAUUAUUCGUUGACCAAACUGCAAUAUAUUGUUUGUGUGGCACACUGCACUAUAAAUCAAUGGUGUAUCCUGGUUAGACCAUGAAAAUUGCACCCCUCUCAAAUAUCCAAUUCUUUUGCUGGGUGGAGGAAGGAGGGCGGCAAAGUCUGAAAUUGUACCCCUAUAAAUUCAUGAUUGGUGGUCACAGGGGGGGGGGCAAAUCUGAAAUAAUGUUCUUGCCAUUCUCAACUUUUCAUGAAGUUUGGCUUAAGAUGUGCAAAACUCUUUUUCUUUCUGCAUUUGUCAGAUAUUGAGUUGCCAUGGUAACCAUAUUAUGGCAAAAAAUCCUGGAAAACUUGUAGAUCAAACUCCUCCCCAAUGAAAGUUUGCACAAAUCUUCAUCUUGGGUGAAGACAUGCAAGAGCCAUUUUCUAAAUAUGUUGGAAACUGGAUUACCAUGGACGGCAAAGGGCAGUUGUUUUAAUCACCUUCAAUGAAAUUUUGAUUCAUUCCCUUGUAGUGAUGAUAAAUGGGAAAAAAAUCACUUAGAUAUUAAAAAAAAGAAAAUCUGUGAUACUGACAGAAAAUAAAAUCCAUAUUUUAUUGUUCAAAAUAGACAUCAGAAAUGAAAUACUCCCAAAGUUUGUUUCGUCCAAUUGUGGGCCUGGCGGCUGCUGUGCAGGGCCAGAUUGACGAGGCUUUAUCCCUUUAAUUGUUGAAUGCCAAACAGGGUAGCAGCAACUCCCAUCUUUUAACGUCUUUUGGUCUGACGUGGCCAGAGUUUGAACUCCCGACCUUCCCAUCUGGUUAUGAGACGGAUGCUUUAUCAACUGAGCCAACACGCAGGUCUAUCACAUAAAAGCGAUUGCAUGUGAGAAAUAUAUGACCAGGGUAAUAAUGGUUACAAUGUAAAAUGCUUAGAAAUAUUUUAGCAUUGGGCAAUGUAUAAAUGUAACAAUUACAUAUACAUUUAUAGUUUAUUUAUAGUUCCAGUGCGAAGCGAUCAUAGUUGCAUGUUCACCUCAACAGUUGCCCAUUUGCAUUCCUGGUUUGCGGAAAGGGAGUUUAAAGCAUAAUAUAUAUCAAUAAAGCAUUCCAUGUAGUAUCUAUGAUGUUGGCCUAGUAUCAAGUGGUGUAGGAUGACCAUGGUAGUUAUGGGUGAUAUUUCAAUAUUAUA